AUGUCCAUCACCAAAUACAAAGACACCAUCGAGAAUGGAGAUCUGAUAAUGGUAUAUAUUAGUCGGUUGCAUAUCAAGCCGAUCGUAGUUCAGCAGGGUGAAGUUCUCAAUACUCGAUUUGGCUCUUUUCCACAUGAUUCAAUGAUAGGUCUAAAAUAUGGAGCUCAAUUACUGACACCGAAGGGAAAAGGCUUUGUGUACUUAUUACAUCCGACUCCAGAACUAUGGACGGUAUCUCUUCCCCACCGAACACAGAUUGUGUAUACACCAGAUUCCAGCUACAUUCUUCAAAGAAUGAACGUGAUUGGUGGAUCUCGAGUCAUUGAGGCCGGAACAGGAUCUGGCUCAUUUACACAUGCGUUUGCGCGCAAUGUGGGCCAAUCAGGAAGGAUUUUCACGUAUGAAUUUCACGAGGCCCGGUACAAACAGGCCGUACAGGAAUUCGGUGAUCAUGGAUUAAACGAUAUGGUUGUUGUAACACAUCGAGAUGUUUGCUCACAGGGAUUUGUGAUAACCCAAGAAAAGAUCGAUGCGGACUCGGUAUUCUUAGAUCUUCCCUCUCCGUGGGAUGCCAUUCCCCAUUUGGAUGAAGUGAUCAGUCAAAAGAGACAGGUUGAUAUUUGCUGUUUUUCACCAUGUGUGGAACAGGUGAUGAAAACCGUCGAGUCGCUGCACGAGAAUGGAUGGACUCAGGUGGAGAUGACCGAGGUUUCAUCGUUAGUUUGGGAGUCUCGAAAAGAAAUGAUUAGAGAAGUGGAUGAUGCUUUAAAGAGGUUAAAGGAUGUCAAGAAGAGGCAGAAGGAAGGAAUAGAGAAAUUAAAAGAGUUGGCUAAGGCAAAGGCAAAGGCAAAGGCUGAGAUGAAGUCAGAUACAUAUAUUAAACAGCCCAAACUAAAGGAUAGGGACCGUGGAUAUAACCCAUUUGGUAAAGGAAGAAGGAUUGCUGAAGGAGAAGAGGGUUUUGAUUGGUUCAACGUUUCCAAAACCGAACGGGAGAUCAAAAGUCACACGUCUUAUUUAACUUUUGCUGUAAAAGUCCCUCAAUUACAGCUGUAG